AGAGCCAUAUCCGGGGGCCGAAACUAGGAAGAAACUUGGAGCUUCCGAGGCGCCAGCAGCCUUCGCAGCCGCGGCUCGUGCUGUGCCCAGUAGCCGGGCCGAGCUGAGCUGCCGGGAGGGAGGCCUGGCCAUGGCGCAGCCCGAGCCUUCGGUGGUGUGAGGCGCGGGCCCUCCCGCGGGGACCCGGCCGGCUGCGGGCGGGCCGGCGGGAGGCGUAGUCUCAGCCGCGGCCGCCGCUGGCCGGGCUCCGGCGCCAUGAACAUAGACGUGGAGUUCCACAUCCGCCACAACUACCCGUGGAGCAAGUUGCCGGCCAACGUGAGGCAGAGUCUUGGAAAUUCACAGAGAGAAUAUGAAAAGCAAGUUGUCCUGUACAGUAUCCGCAAUCAGUUACGAUAUAGAAAUAACUUAGUUAAACAUGUCAAGAAAGAUGAGCGGAAAUACUAUGAGGAGCUACUAAAGUACAGUCGCGAUCAUCUCAUGCUGUACCCUUACCAUCUGUCGGAUAUCAUGGUGAAGGGCCUGAGGGUCACACCCUUUUCCUACUACACCGGGAUCAUGGAGGACAUUAUGAACAGUGAGAAAAGUUACGACUCAUUGCCCAAUUUUACUGCUGCUGACUGUCUAAGGCUUCUUGGCAUAGGAAGAAACCAAUAUAUUGAUCUUAUGAAUCAGUGUAGGUCAUCAAAAAAAUUUUUCAGAAGGAAAACAGCUCGUGAUCUUCUCCCGGGAAAGCCUGUGGAGAUUGCCAUAGAGGCAUGGUGGGUGGUGCAGUCCGGAUACAUCACAGAAGAUGACAUCAAGAUAUGCACUUUACCUGAGAAAUGCGCUAUUGAUAAGAUCAUCGAUUCAGGCCCUCAACUCUCGGGAUCACUAGAUUACAAUGUAGUACAUAGUUUAUAUAACAAAGGAUUUAUUUAUCUGGAUGUACCAAUAUCUGAUGACAGUUGUAUAGCAGUUCCUCCCCUUGAAGGCUUUGUGAUGAAUCGAGUGCAGGGAGAUUAUUUUGAAACUCUACUCUAUAAAAUAUUUGUUUCAAUAGAUGAGCACACUAACGUUGCAGAGCUUGCCAAUGUCCUUGAGAUAGACUUGUCUCUAGUUAAGAAUGCUGUUUCAAUGUACUGCCGAUUGGGUUUUGCCCAUAAGAAAGGACAAGUAAUAAAUUUGGAUCAGCUUCAUUCAUCCUGGAAGAAUGUUCCAUCUAUAAACAGAUUAAAGAGUACUUUAGAUCCACAAAAGAUGCUCUUGUCAUGGGAUGGUGGGGAGAGUAGGAGCCCUGUGCAAGAAGCUUCUUCGGCGACUGACACAGAUACAAAUAGUCAGGAAGACCCAGCAGAUACAGCCAGUAUAAGCAGUUUGAGUCUGUCUGCAGGUUAUACAAAGCGCAUCGCGUUCUUAUUUGACUCAACUCUUACUGCCUUCUUAAUGAUGGGAAAUCUUUCACCAAACUUGAAAAGUCACGCAGUCACAAUGUUUGAAGUAGGCAAACUCUCAGAUGAGUCUCUAGACAGCUUUCUUAUAGAACUAGAAAAGGUUCAGAGCACUGGUGAAGGAGAAGCACAGAGAUACUUCGAUCAUGCGCUUACGCUGAGAAACACAAUACUGUUUCUGCGUCACAAUAGAGAUUUAGUUGCGCAGACCGCUCAGCCAGAGCAACCUAACCAUGGUUUUCCCCUGGACCUCUUACGCUGUGAAAGCCUUCUGGGUUUGGAUCCUGCAACUUGUAGCAGAGUUUUAAACAAAAAUUACACACUGUUGGUCUCCAUGGCGCCUCUCACCAAUGAAAUCCGGCCCAUCAGCAGCUGCACCCCUCAGCACAUUGGACCAGCUAUUCCAGAAGUCAGUUCUGUUUGGUUUAAAAUGUAUAUUUACCACAUCACUGGGCAAGGACCACCAUCUCUUUUACUGUCAAAAGGUACAAGACUUCGAAAACUGCCAGACAUAUUCCAGGGUUAUGAUCGAUUGCUCAUAACAUCUUGGGGUCAUGAUCCUGGUGUGGUUCCUACAUCAAAUGUGCUCACCAUGUUGAAUGAUGCUUUAACACAUUCUGCGGUUUUAAUUCAGGGACAUGGUUUAUAUGGGAUAGGAGAAACUGUCCAUGUACCAUUUCCAUUUGAUGAAACAGAAUUACAAGGAGAGUUUACUCGUGUCAGUAUGGGUGUUCAUAAAGCGCUGCAAGCAUUGAGGAACAAGGUGGACUUGCAGCACUUCUGUGGCUAUGUCACCAUGUUGAAUGCUUCUAGCCAACUUGCAAGUAGAAAACUCAGUGAUGCUUCUGAUGAGAAAGGGGAACCUGAUUUGGCGUCUGGCUCCGACGUGAAUGGAAGUACAGAGUCAUUUGAAAUGGUGAUUGAGGAAGCAACUGUAGAUUCAGCAACAAAACACAACUCUGGUGCCACCACAGAGGCAGAGUGGGUUCCUCUUGAGCUCUGCUUUGGAAUUCCACUGUUCAGCUCCGAAUUAAACCAGAAAGUUUGUGGGAGAAUCGCCACCCAUGGCCUGUGUAGAAAAGAGAGCCUUCAAAACCUCCUACAUUCCAGCAGAAAACUCUCUCUACAAGUCCUUAACUUUGUUCACUCAUUCCAGGAAGGUGCUUCAACACUGGAUUUUCACACAGAACCCAGCUUUUCAAGUUUGCUUUCACAGUCAUCUUACGCUGAUACAGGAGUUCCGCUUCCUGCCAAAAACUUAAUAUUUAAAGAUGGCGUCUUAUCUGAGUGGAGUGGACGGUCGCCCUCCUCCCUUUGUAUUACCAAUCUCCAUUUGCAAUAACUUGCUCACACCAUUUGUUGCUCUCACAUUUUGCCUUUUUCCUUUCUUGAUGUUAGCUUUAUAGUGUCAGCCACUAAAAAGCUGCCUGCUGCUACAGUACGGUUCUUGUUUCACUGAUACUAGCAUUUGGGGAACGUGUUCAUUACUGCAUAUCCGUACCGCAACAAAGUGCUUUUUAGCAGCCAGCACUGUAUUUUUUACCUUGAGACAAUCUGCAUUUCUUUUGUACAACUAAAUAUACUUUAUAGGCUUUAUGAUGACUGUUAUGUUUAUAAGCAGUCACUAUGAAUAUUGCGAUGGUGAUUUUAUAUGUUAGUUUAUCAGACAUAAAUCUUGUUUAAUUUUAUAUUUUGUUACCUACACUUUAGGGGAUCAAGGGAAGAGAUGGAACCCUUCCUCUGAAAGUCUUCUUGGUAGUAGAACUGUAAGACAGUGAACAUCCAGUAUUGAGAGAUCAUGCGAUGGGGCGUUCAGAGCUUCUGUGGCUGGCUGGGAGUGAUGUAUGUCACCCAGGCGUUACU